GUCAUAAUUUUCUGAGAUCUUUUUUAACUUGGCUUUUCUUUUGUGUUAUCUUUCAUUAGAUAUGCAUUUAAAAUAUGUGAUACUUCUGUCAAACAAAUGUUUGUUUACCAAUUAGCAGUAAAAGUAUUUAAAGAUGCUGUCAAGUACUUGUGCAUGUGGAAGUUGAAGUCUGAUAGUAAAAAUUGUUCAGCACUUAGAUACUGUCUUUUGAGUUGGUAGAUAUACUGAAGAAUGACAACUGACUGAGUUGAAAUAUUGAAAAAUGUCUGGAAUUGGUACAAAUGCACCAUCGUCUGCUGAUGCAUGUCUAAGUAUUGUACACAGUUUAAUGUGUCACAGACAGGGGGGUGAAAAUGAAGGUUUUGCUAAAAGAGCAGUCGAGUCUCUUGUAAAAAAAUUGAAAGAAAAACGAGAUGAGCUUGAUUCUCUCAUCACAGCAAUAACGACCAGUGGUGCUCACCCAAGCAAAUGUGUAACCAUUCAAAGAACACUGGAUGGGAGACUUCAGGUGGCUGGAAGGAAAGGAUUUCCUCAUGUUAUUUACGCCAGAAUUUGGAGAUGGAGUGAUUUGCAUAAAAACGAGUUGAAGCAUGUGAAACAUUGUCAGUUUGCGUUUGACCUAAAAUGUGAUUCAGUGUGUGUAAAUCCCUAUCACUAUGAGAGGGUGGUUUCCCCUGGAAUUGAUUUGUGCGGGCUUACAUUACAGUCAGGAGCCCCCCGCAUGGUGAAGGAUGAAUACACCGUUGGUCCCGUUCCUGGUUCAAGCAUGGAGGUUGAUAAUGAAAUCAACAAGAAUGCUCCUCAGACCAUCCAGCAUCAUCCAUUCCAGCAAAAUUUCCAAAUGAACGCUCUUCCAGCUCCUCCGACCUCAGACACCAACCCGAUCUACAACUCUCCCACUCGUUCUUUGCAAGGAAAUAAAAUGGAAAAAAAUACCGAUAACAGAAAUACCCAAUGGCUGCCUCACAUGCAGAUGGGACACAUGGGCGGUUCAGUUUUCACACAGAUCAACACUUCUCAGCAGAAUUCUCCUGGGUCAACGACACUGCAUCUGGUGUCCGGACAUAACAAUCACCAGAUCUAUACGACAGCUGAAACAAAUAUAGUCCCAGAAAACAAGCCAAUGGUGCAAAACAUAACAGGAAACAAUUCCCCAAUCGUUCCUUCUAGGAUCAACCAUGACGGCAACUCCAACAAUUCCCCCAUACAGGUAGGAAAUAUGGGAAACGUCCAAGACAACCAACAGCAACAGAACGUUUCGAUGGCACAACCCAUGACUGGAACAGAGAACAAUUGGAGCGGUACCAAUACACUGAUUUAUACACAGUCGAUGCAACCUCCCGAAAAAAGGACCAACUUCUGGAACAAUGGCCAGAUGGAGAAUGGGGUCAACAUGGGUGGACUCCUGUCUAGCCAGCCUCCUCCAGAAUACUGGUGUUCAGUUGCUUAUUUCGAGCUCGACAUCCAGGUUGGGGAGACUUUUAAGGUCCUCUCCAGCUGCCCCAGCGUGACCACCGACGGCUACGUAGACCCAUCGGGAGGGAACAGAUUCUGCCUGGGUGCGCUCAGCAACGUACACAGGACCGAGCAGAGUGAGCGGGCACGCCUCCACAUAGGGAAGGGCGUGCAGCUCGAUCUCAGGGGAGAGGGUGACGUUUGGUUGCGGUGUCUUAGUGACCAUCCUGUUUUCGUUCAAAGUUACUAUUUGGACAGGGAGGCCGGCAGACAGCCCGGAGACGCGGUCCACAAGAUAUUCCCCUCGGCGUACAUCAAGGUGUUCGAUCUGCGACAGUGCCAUCACCAGAUGACGUCCCAGGCGGCGACGGCACGCGCGGCGGCCGCCGCGCAAGCCGCCGCAGUUGCGGGGCAUAUACCAGGACCCCAUUCGGUCGGUGGAAUAGCCCCGGCCAUAAGCCUCUCCGCGGCCACAGGAAUCGGCGUCGACGACCUGAGGAAGCUGUGCAUCCUCCGACUGAGCUUCGUCAAGGGCUGGGGUCCCGACUACCCCAGACAGUCCAUCAAAGAAACCCCGUGCUGGAUCGAAGUGCACCUGCACAGGGCGCUGCAAUUGUUGGACGAGGUGCUCCACACGAUGCCCAUAGAUGGUCCCAGAGGAAUCGAAUGAAAUGGAGUCGUUCGAAGCGACGUUGAUGUGAGUUGAUAAACUUGAUACCGACAACCGUUGAAUGUUCCUUUCUUUCUAUUGGACGAUUUUUAACCCGUUUUAGUUUCCUUGAGGUUCCGUCUAGGGUCUCUACUUGACAUCAGAUCACGAAGGUCUGUUCGGUGGUAAAUGAUUGAAAGAAAAUUUUCAUCUUCUUUGUCUUUUUUUUUAAAGCAGUGUUGUCAUGUUUAUCUUUACGUGUGGUUGCUUUUCAGUCCUUACGAAGCCCUUAGGGCAGUCAUAUGAAGAAAUAAACAAGCAUGUCAAUGACACACGUUAAAAAUCGUUCAUUUCUCUUCCUUUAAGUUAAACAAUGAAAAAGACUGAAAAACAUGGUGUUUGCAAAUCUGUAGUGCCAUUUCCAUAACCCCCUCGAGUUUUCCAAGUUUCAGCCCCAUAUACAUACAUUUAUCACAGAUAUCCAACGAUAAUUUCAUCAUUGAAUUUUUGAGAGAUUAUAGAAGUAGUAGAGUUAUACAUAUUUUCAGAAUAAGCGAUGAAAACACUACAGAUAAGGUUACAUUUUAUUGGAUUGAAUCGUAAUUUAUUGUGAA